AUGCUUAGUUCCCGAUAUUAUAGCGCAUCGCGAGUAGGCACUGAUGCGAAACCUCGCACGGCGUUAGUGGUGGAUGAGGAAGACGAGUUGUAUAGUGGGUUCAAUGAAGUGGCUCCCGCCCUGGACACACGCAACCUGCGGGAAGACCAGGCGUUUCAAGAGACCCUCAAAACUGCUGGAUUUGGGAGGAAAGUCCCUAGUCGUAUGGGCACUGUGAUGUUCCGAAUGGGCACGGUGAGCGUGCGCGGCGGCAGAUCGCGCGCGGGCACGGCGGCGGCGCGGCCCGUGACGGCGGUGCGCGCGGCCGGCUACUCCUCCGCCGCGCGCGACACGCCCAGUCGCGAGGACAAGAAGGAGGACAGUAUUGAAGACAAGGUGAAACAAAUGGAGGCGCGAAUAAUGGCCCUAGUAGAGGAAUCCUGUAUGUUGAGCGCAAGACUGGACCAAGACGACGACUCGUCCACGAAGAAAGAGCUUGAUUUGGGACAGGCAUUAGCGAAAGCUCAAGAGGCUUCGACGUUGGAACGCCAGCUGAUCAGGAUGCAGGAACAAGCGAACCUAGGAGAUACACAUAACUUAGAUCUUACCUUUGCUGUACUGUGCAAUUUGGCUGGACAGUACGCACUGAAUGAAAUGUACACAGAAGCACUUAACACAUAUCAGUUGCUAACGAGAAACAAAUUAUUUCCUCACGCCAAUCGACUUAAGGUGAAUAUGGGAAACAUUUAUUUCAAAAUGGGUGAACACCCAAAAGCAUUGAAAUUGUACAGAAUGGCACUCGACCAAACUCCAACGGCUGAAAAAGAUUUGAGAAUGAAGGUGAUGCAUAAUAUCGGCCUCCUUUUGGUGCGAAUGGGUAAAUUUCGAGACGCUGUCACAAAUUUUCAACAUAUAAUGCACGAACAAGGAGAUUUCCAAACAGGUCUUCAUUUGGUAUUAUGUUCCGUGGCAUUGAGCGACGCUGAGGGAGGAAAGGCAGCUUUCCACGCGAUGUUGGACGUAGAGCCGCCCAUUUAUCACCAAGAUAUCACCAUUGAUGAUGAGAACGAUGCUUACGAGUGUGUCCUUCGCGACGUUUUGCGAGGUGACCGUCUCUCGCGCUGGUCACGCCGCGCCGCUGCCGACGCUGAGCGCUGCUUGGCGCUGGCUGCGGCCGCGCUGGUACGGCCCGCCUCUCGAGACGACGAUAGCGGCGGUAUGUCGUGGUGCGUGGAGGCCCUCCGCGGCUACAGCGGCGGCGGCGCGGGCGCUCGCCUGGAGCUCGGCGGCGCGCUGGCGGCGCUGCGGGCCGGGCGCGCGGCUGCGGCCACUCGCGCCGGGGACAAAGCCCUAACGAGACUGAAAGCGGUGGCCAGAGCACAUCCUAGUGAUAGGGUUCUGAGGGCCGAAGCUAAUGCGGAUGCAGCCUUUGUGGCUUAUGCGUUGGGCAAGUACCCCGAAGCGCGUGCUCUCAGCGAGUCGGCGUCGCGCGACGACCCGUACGGGUGCGCGGCGCGCGUGUGCGCGGCGCUGGCGGCGGCGCGCGAGGCGGGCGGGGAGGGCGCGUGGGCGCUCGCCGCGCAGCAGUUGGCGGCCGCCGCGCAUCUCGAUCCCGCCGAUCUUAUUGCUAUGCAUGAUUUGGCACUAGCGUUAGAGAAGAGUGGUAUCGAAGAGAACGCUAUAUCGGCGCAAGCGCGGUGGUCGCGCAUGCGCAGCGCGGGCGGCGCGGGCGCGUGCACGCGCGCGCUGGCGGCCGCCGCGCUCGCGCGCCUCGCCAGGAGCCGCGCCGCUGAUCCCGCCGCCGCCGAACACUGGUAUAGCAUGGUUGGCGGAUGGGACGCGGGCGUGACAUGCGCAUUGGCACAGCUGCAUAGCGAAGUGGGGGACACUAACACCGCCAGACAUCACUACCAAGACGUGGAGGCGGUGUGGCCUUGCGAGCUGUCUGCGCUGGAGUGGCUCGCGAGCGAGGCGGCGCCCGACGCCGCGCUCGGCUACUACCGCCGAGCCGCCAGGUUACAGCCUAACAACCCUCGAUGGGGCUUACUGAUGGGUAGCUGCCUGCGCGCCAGCGGCCGCUACCAAGAGGCGCUUGCUCUCUACAAGAAGAUGAACGCGAGGUUUCCCGACAACGUUCAAUGUUUAAAGUUGAUCGUGAAGCUGUGCGGCGACCAAGGCCUCUCGGAGACGAGCGCGUGGACGCGCGAGCUGCAGCGCGCGCAGGGGAGGCUCAAGCAGCAGGAGCGCGCAGUAUCUGUGACGUCGGCCGGCAGCGGUUCAUCUGGAGCAAGCCAGUCGCCUAUCGACCAGAUUAGAGCUGGUUCCAGAGGCGGCAGUGGUCGUGUUGAUAGUGCGUUAACUCGAGUCACCACAUACACUAACGAUGCUGUGAUCCAAGACAGCAUACAACAAGCAUCCCGCUCAGUUGAACGCUCGUCAGGCAGGAAGAAAAAUAUCGACGAAUUCGAUGAAGAAUUACCUCUACCGCCCGAAUAGUGAACUGUUAGAUUAUCAUUUGUGUGGCGUGUGGGCGUGGUUGCGUGUCCGGCGCCGCCCCGGCCGCCACGUGCUCAUUCUGCGCCUGCGCAUCCUCCAACUCUUUGUACCGCAACGACGAGCUGCAUCUCCGAACGGCUUGCAAUUUGUGCUG